ACUGUCUCCGCUGUGUGCACCGACCACCAGUGUCCUGAACUGUUCCUGCUGUGUGCACUGACCACCCGUGUCCUGAACUGUCCCUGUUGUCUGUGUGCACUAACCACCCGUGUCCUGAACUGUCCCUGUUGUGCGCCACGACCACCUGUGUCCUGAACUGUGCCUGCUGUGCGCACCGACCACCCGUGUCCUGAACUGUCCCCGCUGUGUGCACCGACCACCCGUGUCCUGAACUGUCC